GCCAUGGGAAAUGCAAUACGUAUGUGAAAAUAUAAUUUGUAUUAAAUUAUGUUUUGGAUAUAACCCUGAGUAAUUUCAAAUUGAAUUCUUCAAUGGCUGAGCAGGCAACGAAUGAUAUUAUUAAUCCGCCCGUGGAAGAACGUCUACCAGCAGAUACUAGAAACUGCCUUGUCGUCUCAUACGACCUGGAAACGACUGGUUUGAGUUCAGAUGACGAAAUAAUACAGGUCGGAGCGUACACAUACAUUCCAGCUGGUACAAGAUCUUCAGAAUUCAGCCAGUUUAUCUUACCAGCUACGAGACAUAUUCAUCCAGAAGCCGCCUGCAAAAUUGGGCUUAAAGUUCACGAAGGAAAUCUUUACGAUACCAGGACUAAAUCAGUUGUGCCGACAGUUACUGAGUCCGAAGGACUUCUCUUAUUUUUAAAAUGGUUAACGUCUGUCAAGGAAGGAUACGAUGGUAUAGUGCUUGUUAGUCACGGGGCGAUAUUUCUCGACAUUCCAGUAUUGAUUCGAGCUAUACAGCGCACUGGCAUGUCAGAAAGUUUCUUCCAGGUUGUGUUAGGAUUUUGCGAUUCGAACGCCAUCUUCCAAGAGGAUAAUUCCCGAUGUUACCGUUCAUUGUCACUGCAACAUUUGUACCAGAAUUUUGUUGGGAGUCGCAGACAGGUCCACCGAGCAGCUGAAGAUGCCAAGGACCUUUAUACCCUCCUCAGUCGAUACUUUAAAGUGGAGUCGCUGUCGUUAGACAUCCCGAGGUUGGAAAUGUACACGUAUACUUUUCGUUGCAUGGAAUUCUAUUCGAAAUGGAAAUAUUAUGUAGAUGUGAAAAUCGAAGGUUUGAGAGUCAUUGUACGUAAUCAAAGGAAAACGAGUGAGAAGAAGAAGACAAUCAUAUUGAGGAACCUCGUAGCUGCUGGUUAUGACAUCCAAAAUCUUUUGGAUGACUUUUCAAAGUCUCCAUCAGAACAGUCAUUCAAAGAGGAGUUGAAACGGAGAAUCCAGGUUAUGAAGAGCAAUCAUGAGAGUUAUUUGUUGGAUACGAGAAUUGUCAGCGUUGAAGAAGUCAUCAAUGCCGUGACUGCAUCUGAGCUAUAUCUGAGUAGAAGGUCGCUGCAUCCACAAUAAUAAUUUUAUAUAAUUGACCUUUCUACAAUUGGCAAAUCUUACAUCAAUUAAUUAAACAACGUACAUCCUAAGCAUCGUCUUGGGAUCAUUAUUUUCAUCAUUCCACUGGAAUCCGCAUCAACUGCGUAAGUUUUAAUCUCCUACUACCAGUAAUAAAAUGGUGGACAGACAACUAACGAGAGGGAAAUGGCAGUAUUGCUACUCUGUAAUGAUGUGCGCAUGCGCAGGUCUUAUAAAGAUACGUAUAUUUUUCAAAGGUUUUUUUUUUUGUAGGUAGGCAACUGCAUUACAUCUAUAUUUAGCUUCUGGUUUAACGCUGAUGAUAAUCAAUAAUCGACUGGAACUCGGCAUUUGAUAUUCGAUGUGGGAGUACAUCAUAAAUAUACAUAUAAAUUUUGUAUGAGUCAGUAAUAACAAAGAUUGAAAUAACAAACAUAACCUAACAAAUACAGAAUAUGCAAUUACGUAACAAGUGCUUUUCCAAAAUGAGAAUAUUACUGUUACUACAGAAUUAUGAACUGCAUACACAUCCAUGAACUAAAUUUGAUUUGAUUGUUGAUUUAUAAAUUUAAAUUACGUAUAAUAUAAUAUUAAUAGUAGACAAUGUUAAGAGCUGGGAUAAUGUGCAAUGGAAAAGUAAGUUUUAUUAGUUCUGUCUGGAACUAACUGUUUUGUUUUUUUAAGAAUGGCUAUACUGACCUCGUGAUGUCUGUGGAGUCACUGUAACAGAUUAGUAACUGGGUUUUAUUACAUAAUAUUCAUACAGUUGUAACAAAAUAAUUACAGAAUUUUUUAAGGACGCUUAUCAUCACUGACAUAUAUAUUAAUCAACUCUGAUUAGACUUCGUUUAUGGAAAAAAGACUUUGAUAAUGACGUCAAUAAUAGGGGGGUCAGUGGUGGCAAACUUUUUCUGCACAGAAUAUUUUUUUCCUGCAUCUUACGCGUGUGCUUCAGAAUUUAUUCUUUCCCCACAUUGAAAUUAAUUCUGAUACGUGUUUACGAAUUUGAAAUAGAACUGUAACCA